CCAGACACACAGUGCCAGUGUCCUACCGAUGACAGCCCAUCUAUAACAGGAUUGUUUACACGGGUUAACAGGUGAGACUUUUUGUAAAUGGCUAAACACGAUUUGUUGCUGACUCAGACACAGACACAGCAGUUGAUUGCUUAACUCCCAUGACAGACUUCAGCCUUCUUCUCCAAACUGGGGGCAUGCUGACCGACAUCUGCUGUUUGUAAUCUACUGGCUAUGGAUAAGUACCCCACUUCAACAUCUCUGAACUUUCUGCCAAGGAGAGAUUAUACAGUCUUUGAAUUUUUCCUAAACAGGUGAAUUGCUGCUGCUGCCGGCCCUCAGUUCACGAUGGCCCAGAACCAGGUGAUCCUGCAGUUCCGCUUCGCCACAUUCGGGGACUCCAUGCUGCAGAAGAUGAACCUCCUGCGACACCAGAGACGCUUUUGUGAUGUCACUGUGCGCAUCAACCAGCUGGAGGUCCCUGGUCACAAGGUAGUGUUUGCUGCCGGUUCUUCAUUCUUGAGGGACCAAUUCAUCCUUCAGCAGGACUCCAGGGAGGUCCAGAUCUCCAUGAUCCAGGAGGCGGAGGUGGGCCGGCAGCUGCUUCUGUCCUGCUACACGGGCCAGCUGGAGUUUCCUGAGCUGGAGCUGGUGCAUUAUCUGACGGUGGCCAGCUUCCUCCAGAUGGGUCACAUUGUGGAGCAGUGCACUCAAGCUCUCAAUAAGUUCAUCAAACCUCAGUCUGGACGCCAGCUGGAGGUGGAUAUGAGGAGAGAGAAGAAGGAGGAGGGAUUAUCGUCCCAGGCUCCGAGAGAGCAAGAGCGCUCUCAAGCUCGGACUGUCCAUCAGGAGGGGGAGGAGGUUGUGCAGGUUGGAGAUGAUAACAAUGGCGACGAUGAUGACGACGACGACGACGAUGACGAUGAUGAUGUGAUCAUACAGCCGAUGUCCCCUCUUCAAAUCUUGGCCAGACGUCCAAAGCCAGGUGUGGCGGAGAGUGACAUCACUAUUGUCAAAGUGGAGUCUGUGUCUGACGGAGCAGAAAACUCCAUAACUGGUCACUUUCCCAACAGCCCACCUGCUGCCCUCCACUCUCCUGAGCCGCAGCAUUCCCUCAUUAACUCCACUGUGGACAGUCGUGGCAGCGAGAUGGCGGUUCCACCCGGCAUGUCCGGAUACCCGCUCAGCCCCCCUCCACCGUCCCCUCCCGCAGAGAAACACAACGUGCACCAGAGGAACUACGACAAACCUCUCCAGUGGUACCACCAGUGCCCCAAGUGCGCCCGGGUCUUCCGCCAGCUGGAGAACUACGCCAACCACCUCAAGAUGCACAAGCUGUUCAUGUGCCUGCUGUGCGGCAAAACCUUCACACAGAAGGGCAACCUGCACCGACACAUGCGUGUCCACGCCGGCAUCAAGCCCUUCCAGUGUAAAAUCUGCGGGAAGACCUUCACCCAAAAGUGUUCUUUGCUGGAUCACCUAAACCUGCACAGCGGUGACAAGCCGCACCGCUGCAACUACUGCGACAUGGUUUUCGCCCACAAGCCAGUUCUCCGUAAGCACCUCAAACAGAUCCACGGGAAGAACAGCUUUGACAACGCAAACGAACGCAACCUGCACGAUGGCGGGCUUGACUUUGAUAUGAAAUCGGUGGACCUUUAUUAGUAGCUUUGUUGAAUCAGUCAUUGAAACUGGUGUGAUGCAGGGCGGCUUUCCCUCAGAUGGAACAUUAUCACCCAAAAUUUGUCAGUUGAAGACACAGACAAUAUGAAGCUGGAGCUUGUGAUUCUUCAACGGCUGGUUUCUAAUAGUGUCAGUCUCGACCUGAUGGAUUUAGAGGACAUAAACAUUAAAUAUGUUUUUACUGGUCUCCGUUUCACUGUAGCUUCAUUACUGUGGACUGUUUUUUUUUCUACAAUACAUUGUAGAUGCCUUCAUGUCAUACUUGAAACUUAAGCACUGAAACAAAAACCAUUGACUGUACUUCAUUAGUUUUAUUGAUGAAUUAACAUGUCUCUGUGUACGUUGUCCAAUGAAAAAAAAGAUUGCUAAUGAAAAAUAUCCACAUGUAUUUUGUGUAUACAGUCUACUGUAGCCUUUCUUUCUUACCUGUGUGGAUAAGACGACAUGAACUUUAUCAGUAUAAAGAAACUUGAAAGAGGGCGGGUAGAAAAAAAAAGAUUUUAUUGAAGGCAAGCUACGCCAGUAACAAAUGGGAUGCCAAAGUGUCUAUGUGAACUGAAAUGGUUCUUUUAUACAGACUUUAUAUCGGAGGUACUAUUGGACCAAAGUGACAUUGUAUCUGUCGUGUGUUCAUAGAGGUCAAUGUGUGUUAUGAAAUUAAAAAAAGACUGUUAAUCA